UCCGUCAUUCGUACAACAUCAAGGAAAACAAGCACAAGAAGCAAUCAAAAUAUCAGUAGCACCUCAUCAAAGUAAGCAAACGAGUGAUUUUGUGAAGAAGAAGAAGAAGGAUGGCAAUGAUUCCGAGCUUCUUUAACAACCGCCGAGGCGGCAGCAUCUUCGACACAUUCUCCGCAUUCGACAUUUGGGAUCCACUCAAAGAGUUCCCUUUCACUUCCACCUCAAAUUCUCUCCUUUCUCGUGAAAAUUCAGCCUUUGUCAACACCCGCAUUGAUUGGAAAGAGACACCAGAAGCCCAUGUCUUCAAGGCAGAUCUUCCAGGACUUAAAAAAGAGGAAGUGAAGGUCGAAAUUGAAGAUGACAGGCUCCUUCCGAUUAGCGGAGAAAGGGUCGUGGAGAAGGAAGACAAGAACGAUACAUGGCUUAGGGCGGAGCGAAGCCGUGGCAAGUUCUUGAGGAGGUUUAGGCUGCCUGAGAACGCAAAAAUGGAUCAGGUCAAGGCUUCUAUGGAAAAUGGAGUUCUUACCGUGACUGUGCCUAAAGAAGAGAUCAAGAAACCUGACGUCAAGGCUAUUGAAAUCUCUGGUUGAACGAGAUAAUACCUCUUUUGAGAAUUGUGUGACUUUUUAGCUCUUGUGUGCUCAUUUACUAGUAGAAAGGUUUGGUCUCCUCGCUAGUCCACAGAGAGGAGUAAUGUAAUAAAAAAAUUUGCUAAUAAAAUUUCUUGUGUCUUGCUCGGUUGCCUGUAA